AUGUCAUAUUCCAAGUUAAGUACGAUCUCUUUUGGGGCCGACAAUUGGUGUUUGGGUUUGCAGCCCAUCUACAACCGUGGACUAUUGACAGCACUAAGCAACGGGUGUAUACAGAUCAUUGACUGGAACCGUAACGAUGUUCUGGAGAAAAUUCAAGCACAUGAGACGCCCAUAAAUGACAUGAAGCUCAUAAAUAGCGACACCAGUAAUGCGACUUUGGUGGCCACCGCAGCGGAGGAUGCAGUUAAGGUGUUCGAUUUGAGAAGCCGGGAUUCGGUAGCGACCCUUAAAAAUGAAAAAUCCGCUCCGUUUCUGUCGCUAGACUCAAGACAUGGAUUCUUAGCCUGUGGAACGGAAUUGAGCGGAGUGGAUGCAGUGCUGCAACUCUACGACGUGAGAAAAUGGGGGUCACCGUUUCGGUCUUUUGUGGACUCCCACCAUGACGAUAUCACGACAAUCAAGUUCCACCCUAGCGAUCGCAACGUGCUACUGAGCGGUGCCACAGACGGCUACGUUAACAUUUACGAUUUGACACAGGAUGACGAAGAAGAUGCAUUGCACCAGGUAAUCAACUUCGCGUCCAUCCACUCGAGCGGGUGGUGCUCUCCAAAACGGAUCUACACAUUGUCGCACAUGGAGACCUUUGGAAUCCACGAGCUGAACGACAAACAAGAGGAAUCCAGAGAACCCAAACCUGUAGAAUUUGGAGAUGUCAGAAAACCUUGGGAUUGCUCCUACGUGGUCGACGUCUACCCCGGAUUCAUUGCGACCGGGAAAAGUGACGACGGACAAGGUCGUGGCGAGCUCAAGUUGAUCCCGUUUCAAAACGAAAAGGUCCAGUUGGACGCUGCGGUGACCAUCCCACAGGCCCACGGCGACGAGGUCGUCAGAGACGUGCUUGUUCCCGCUUCGAAUCAACAAUUAUUGUAUUCCUGCGGUGAAGACGGUCACGUGAACGUUUGGAAAUCCAGUUUUGAAGGUAUGAGCGUACCCUCGGAAUUCUGGUCAUAUUCUGAUCCUAUUGACGUAUUCCAAGAUGAUUUACCGGUGGUUGAAAUGGGCGAUAUGGAGUCAGAAACCUCUGAAAAGACCCCAGAUCCUGUUGAGACGAAAACUAGUCGGAAAAGUGACGAAAAAAAGAGAGAAAAGAGCUCCAAAAGAUCUACCAAAUCCGCAUCCAGAGAUCACAGAUUCCAGCCAUACUAG